UUUGAAUGUAAGGAUAAAAUAGUAGUAUAGUAGCCGGUAAGUCAGUCCCACCAACUACACCAAUCCUCAGUCACACAGAUCUAUCUAUAAAUAACCAACUAACACUUCCUCUCAUUCCGCGCUCUGCCCUCACCUUCCUCCGUAACCAUAAGGAGAAUUAUUAAGUAAGUAAGUAAACAAAAAGAGAAGAAAAUGAAGGUGAUAGACAAAAUUCGAUCAGCUAAUGCAGAUCCAAACAAAGUAGUAUUUUCAUUCGAGUUUUUUCCACCGAAAACCGAAGAUGGAGUGGACAAUCUAUUCGAAAGAAUGGACCGAAUGGUUGCUCACAAUCCGUCAUUUUGCGAUAUUACAUGGGGAGCUGGAGGAACAACUGCUGAUCUGACUUUAGAGAUUGCGAAUAAGAUGCAGAAUAUUAUUUGUGUGGAGACUAUGAUGCAUCUUACUUGUACUAAUAUGCCGGUCGAUAAGAUCGAUCAUGCUUUGGAGACGAUUAAGAGUAAUGGGAUUCAGAAUGUGCUUGCGCUUAGAGGUGAUCCGCCUCAUGGACAGGAGAAGUUUGUUCAGACUGAAGGAGGGUUUGCUUGCGCGCGUGAUUUGGUUCAACAUAUCAGAAGCAAAUAUGGUGACUACUUUGGCAUAACAAUUGCUGGUUAUCCAGAGGCACAUCCGGAUGUUAUAGGAGCUGAUGGGUUGGCUACAGCGGAAGGUUAUCAAAGUGAUCUUGCUUACUUGAAGAGCAAGGUUGAUGCUGGAGCAGAUUUGAUUGUCACCCAGUUAUUUUAUGACACUGAUAUAUUCCUCAAGUUUGUGAAUGAUUGUCGCCAAAUUGGGAUAACUUGUCCUAUUGUGCCUGGAAUUAUGCCCAUUAACAAUUACAAGGGCUUUAUCCGCAUGACUGGUUUCUGUAAAACAAAGAUACCUGCUGAGAUAAUGGCUGCUUUAGAGCCUAUCAAGGACAAUGAAGAAGCUGUCAAGGCAUAUGGAAUACACCUGGGAACUGAAAUGUGCAAAAAGAUUAUGGCUCAUGGAAUUAAGACAGUGCAUCUUUACACGCUAAAUAUGGAGAAAUCUGCAUUGGCGAUUCUAACGAGCCUGGGCUUAAUUGAAGAAUCCAAAAUUUCUAGAUCCUUACCUUGGAGACGCCCGACAAAUGUUUUCCGUGUGAAAGAAGAUGUUCGGCCAAUCUUUUGGGCAAAUCGCCCAAAAAGCUACAUAUCAAGGACCAUAGGAUGGGAACAAUACCCACAUGGGCGUUGGAGUGAUUCCGGUAACCCGUCAUAUGGUGCAUUAACUGACUAUCAGUUCAUGCGACCACGUGCAAAGGACAAGAAGCUUAUUGAAGAAUGGGCAGUUCCCUUGAAAAGCAUUGAAGAUAUUUAUGAGAGAUUCAGAUUGUUUUGCCUGGGAAAGUUGAGAACCAAUCCUUGGUCAGAACUUGAUGGUCUUCAGCCAGAGACAAAGAUCAUAAAUGAGCACCUGGAGAAGAUCAACACAAAGGGCUUCCUCACCAUCAAUAGUCAGCCCGCAGUCAAUGGGGAAAAGUCAGAUUCUCCUAUUGUAGGCUGGGGUGGACCUGGUGGUUAUAUUUACCAGAAGGCGUACUUAGAGUUCUUCUGCUCCAAGGAAAAGCUGGAUGCACUUAUUGAGAAAUCCAAGGAUAGACCAUUCCUAACUUAUAUGGCUGUUAAUAAAGAAGGGAUCUGGAAAUCUAAUGUAGGCCAAACCGAUGUCAAUGCUGUGACAUGGGGGGUCUUCCCAGCUAAGGAAAUAAUACAACCAACCAUUGUAGAUCCUGUCAGCUUUAAUGUGUGGAAGGAUGAAGCUUUUGAAAUUUGGUCAAGAGGAUGGGCGAGCUUGUACCCUGAGGCUGAUGCAUCCAGGAAAUUGGUUGAAGAGGUUGGCAGCAGCUACUUCUUGGUCAGCUUGGUCGACAAUGAUUACGCCAAUGGCGAUCUUUUUGGUGUGUUGGCUGAUUUCUGACACGAGCUUCUUAAUAUAUUAGUCCUUUAAACGAAGCCAGUUCUGUUGUUCGUCAAGUUUUUCCUUUCUUUUCUUUUUUUCCAUUGAACGUGAUUAUUCAUAUUAUAUAGAUGAUUUUAUGUUGGAGUGUCAAAUUAAUUGUUUGGAAUAUAUGGCAAACAUCAUAAUGUUGCCAUGUUUCAGACUCUCAUGAGUAAUCUGUAAUUUCAUAAAUCACAUUGACUUGAAAACAAGUCGCUUAUUCCUUUGAAUUUCAUUCCUUUGAAUUUCAUGGUUGUAUGAAACUGAAUUUUUAUUUAUAAAUAUAUAUGUGAGUGGAAGUAGAAGAAGAAAAUUGAAGUCUUA